GCAGCGCUGAAUAUUGUGGCAUGUCCCUUCUCGGCGUGGUUGCAGAUGCUCCGAGAUCUUCAGUGCUGCCUCCCAGUGCGGCUUCAGGCAGAAUUUUGUUGUGGUGUCCGUGCCAAAGUUCCGCCUAGAAAAAUUUGGUGUGAAUAGCCCCUUAGAUGUGCUCCUGACUCCCUCCAUGACUGCCCUGGUAUUCAAGGGGGAGGUCUAACAUGAUCUGCCAACUGAGGAGACUGCAUGCAAGACAGCUCAUGAACAUAGAAGUGCAAACGCAUAUGACCCCCAGUGUCUCACUGAAAACAAUGAUAGUUCCAGCCUCAUUAGAACUACAGCAGAUGGCCUAUUAAGGAUAUUCUGGAAAAGAGCAAACAAAUGAGAGAAUCGUCAUCUUCCCAUGAAAAAGAACUGCACAAUCUGAAAACUGAGUUAGAAACUACACGCCAGGAACUACGUUUUGUGAGACAAGAGCAAGAGGUUGAUGCGACGUGUAAAAAGCGGGAGGAUUACUUAGAAUGGCAUGAAUAUUUUAUGGCGGUUGCAUUUUUAUCAGCACAGAGAAGUAAAGAUCCAAGUUCUCAGGUUGGAGCAUGUAUUGUAAAUACAGAGAACAAGAUAGUUGGUAUUGGUUAUAAUGGAAUGCCUAAUGGCUGUGAUGAUGACGUUCUUCCGUGGGCUAGAACAGCAGAUGAUAGGCUUGACACUAAAUAUCCAUACGUUUGUCAUGCAGAACUGAAUGCCAUUAUGAACAAAAACUCUGCCGAUGUCAAAGGCUGCACCAUGUACAUAGCUCUAUUUCCAUGUAAUGAAUGCGCUAAGCUCAUCAUUCAGGCAGGUAUUAAAGAUGUGAUAUACAUGUCAGACAAGUAUCAUGACACUCCAGAAAUGAAAGCUUCAAGACGCCUGCUUGAUCUUGCUGGGAUCAAAUACACGAAUUUUGUACCAAAGAUGAAAAAAAUAGUCAUUGACUUUGAUUCAAUCAAUAACACCAGGAGGACUCCUGAAGACUUGUAGAAUCGUUUCGAUGACAACCAAUGAAAAGUUACUUCUGGUGAUGAAGAAAUGUCUCUAAAGACCAGUAAAUACUUGCUUAACAGUUCUGUUCCACCUACUGACAGGCCUAAAGAUGUGACAAAUGGUUUUGUUACUUGGCUGCAGUGAUGGUACUAGUAUUGCUUCUUUACUUGGCAUUCUCUGGACUGACUUGUCUGUAGUCUUCUCUCUGUAAAAAGUAUAUCCUAUUUUUAAAUGUUUUUAUUAGGUGUACAAGGCAUAGAUUUCUGGGAUUUUGGGUAGAUCUGUUCUUAAAGGGUUGGGCUCGUUGCUAGGAAAUGCCACCAACGUCAGAUUGCACUCGCUUGGCUCUUUUCGGAACUCCCAUAGAAAUGAAUGAAGAAUGUGGAGCUCUCCCCUUUUUGCUUUGGGAGCCCCGUUCUAAAGAGAGGUGCAGCUCCCACCAAUAUUGUAGCAGUGUGCCGUCAAUGUGUGGGAUGGGUCAAGCCCUUUACUCUCUAUUCCCUCUAAUAUGUCUUUAAUUGUGUUGGAUUUUACUACUUUUUGUAUUCUUUAAUAUGUUGCUAAUAAACUUGUAUGAUUAUUCCUUGUG